AUGUGUAGAAAUCAAUCCCCAUGUCCACCAUUAAUCAACUGCAUGGAUACUGCCGAAGAGAUUGUUACUCCUGGUGCUGCCGCUAGUGCAUUCAAAAACCCUUCCAUGCUUGCUGCCCUUCAGGGACGCUUGGACACUCUUGUUGGUGCUCCUUCUGAAUAUAUACAGUCUCUUCCAGGUGAAGUUCAUCGUCGUCUUGACGCUCUCAAGAAUCUUCAGGACGAAGGAAAUGUUUUCAAUGUUCAAUUUAGAAAGGAGGUCGAGGAGCUCGAAAAGAAGUAUUUAAAGCUGGCUAUUCCUCUUUACAAAAAGCGUACCGAUAUUAUUACCGGUGCUGUUGAGCCCACUGAUUCUGAAGUCGAGCGCAAACCAGACGAAGAGGAGGAGGAAGAGGAGCGUCUUCCUGUUUCCAAGGAAAAUCCAGUCAAGGGUAUUCCCGAGUUUUGGCUCACUGCUCUCAAGAAUAUGCGAUACAUCUCUGAGUUGAUUACUGAAGAUGAUGAGCCCGCUCUUGCCAAACUUGUUGAUAUCAAGCUCAGCUAUCUUUCUAGUCCUGGAUUCCAACUAUCAUUUGUUUUUGACAACAAUGACUACUUUACCAACUCGGUUCUUACCAAAGCAUAUUAUAUGAUGGAGUCUGAAGAUCCCAGCGUGGAUGAGGUCAUGUUUGAUCGCGCCGAGGGCUGUGAAAUCGACUGGAAGGCCGGCAAGGAUCUUUCUGUCACCAUCGAAGUUAAGAAACAGCGUCACAAGGCUACCAACAAAACCCGCACUGUCAAGAAAGCUGUUCCCAAAGAAACCUUUUUCUCCUUCUUCUCUCCCCCAGCUCCACCUACUGAGGAAGACGAGGAUGAUGAAGAAAAGUUUGACGAGUAUGAUGAGCGUAUCCAGAUAGACUAUGAGAUUGGUGAAAUGAUCAAAGAUAAAUUGAUUCCCAAGGCUGUAGACUGGUUUACUGGCAAGGCACUCGAGUAUGAGGAUCACGAUGAAGAUGAUUAUGAUGAUGAGUUUGAUGGUGAGGAUGACGAGGAUGAUGAAGAUGAGGAGGAUGAUGAUCAUGUUGGGCCUUCUAAAAAAACAAUCGGUUCAAAAAGUAAUGCUGCUUCUGGCGAUGACAAGGCGCCUGAAUGCAAACAGCAGUAA